AUGUUCGUCAAUAUUUGCAUGGACAAAACGCUGAAGGGAGUAACGAAAAGAACCUUUCUAAGUCCUGAUUUCGUAAGUGCCGCCGAAAAUGAGGCUUCUGAUUCAGAGGCCGAGGCCGAAGGAGGGCCCGCUGACUCUGGCCAAGAGGACUCCUUCAAAUCUCUUACCCAUCGACGUGAUGAUCACCUACGGUCAGAGAUUUCUUCUCGGUCGAACUUAUCUGAUUCCCAUCACAAAUCAGUCAAGGAUGGCGACAGAACCGAGGCUUCCGCUCUUCAGAAAAAAUCUCCCGAUGGAGGAGGCAAAGCCGGUAAGGCAGGACAGACCGAGGAAAAGAUGGCCACCGGAAGAGUAAGUGAUGUUUUCUAUUUUCUGCUGACCCACUUCUGGGUGGUUAGUCUGUUUUGCACCAAUUUCGUUGUUAGAAUAUCAAAAGGAGAUGUUAGUUUUUUUUAA